AUGUGGAGACUGUCGCUGUGGCUUGGGCUGGUUCUUGUGCUGAAACACCACGAUGGUACUGCCUACAAACUGGUGUGUUAUUUCACCAACUGGGCACCUAAUCGACCAGGCCCCGCCUCAAUCUUGCCUCAUGACCUGGACCCCUUUCUCUGUACUCAUCUGAUAUUCGCCUUUGCCUCAAUGAACAACAAUCAGAUUGUUGCUAAGGAUCUCCAGGAUGAGAAGAUCCUCUAUCCAGAGUUCAACAGACUAAAGGAGAGGAACAGGGAGCUGACGACGUUGCUAUCCCUCGGCGGGUGGAACUUUGGCACCUUGAGAUUCACCAAGAUGCUGUCCACAUUCGCCAGCCGUCAAAAGUUCAUCGCUUCGGUUAUAUCCCUCCUGAGGACACACAACUUCGACGGCCUCGACCUCUUCUUCUUGUACCCUGGACUAAGAGGCAGCCCCAUGCGUGACCGGUGGACUUUCCUCUUCUUAAUCGAAGAGCUCCUGUUUGCCUUCCGGCAGGAGGCGGCGCUCAGCAGGCGCCCGAGGCUGCUGCUCUCGGCGGCGGUCGCUGGGGUCCCGCACAUCGUCCAGACCGCCUACGAGGCGCGCCUGCUGGGAGGACUCCUGGAUUUCAUCAAUGUCUUGUCUUAUGACUUACAUGGAAGCUGGGAAGAGUUCACAGGACAUAAUAGCCCCCUGUUCUCGCUGCCUGAAGACCCCAAAUCUGCGGCGUAUGCUAUGAAUUACUGGAGAAAGCUCGGGGCACCCUCGGAGAAGCUCAUCAUGGGGUUCCCCACCUAUGGACGUACCUUUCACCUCCUCAAAGCUUCUAAGAAUGGGUUGCAGGCCAGAGCAGUGGGACCGGCGUCUCCAGGAAAAUACACCAAGCAAGCUGGCUUCCUGGCUUAUUAUGAGAUUUGUUCCUUUGUCCGGGGGGCGAAGAAGCACUGGAUUGAUUAUCAGUAUGUCCCCUAUGCCAACAAGGGGAAGGAGUGGGUUGGAUACGAUGAUGCCAUCAGCUUCAGUUACAAGGCAUGGUUUGUAAAGAGAGAGCAUUUUGGAGGUGCCAUGGUGUGGACAUUGGACCUGGAUGAUGCCAAGGGUACUUUCUGUGGCACUGGCCCUUUCCCCCUUGUCCACGUAUUGAAUGAUAUCCUGGUGCAGGCUGAGGUCAGCUCAACUCCUUCACAAUUUUGGUUCUCAUCUGCUGUGAAUUCUUCAAGCACUGACCCUGAAAGGCCGGCAGUGAGCAAGACAUUGACCACUGAUACUAAGAUUUUGCCCCCAGGAGGAGAGGCUAUGGCCACUGAGAUCCAUGGAACGUAUGAAAAGAUGACUACAAUCCCCAGAAGCAGAACUGUGACCCCUAGAGGGGAAACCGUAUCCCUUGGAAAGCACAUUGUAGCUCUUGGAGAGAAGACUGAGACCCCUGGGGUGAAGACCAUGACCUCUGUGGGUCAUCAGUCUGUGACCCCUGGCAUGAAAACCAUGACUUCUGGGGGUCACCAGCCUAUGACCCCUAGGGUGAAGACCAUGAUCUCUGUGGGUCAUCAGUCUGUGACCCCUGGCAUGAAAACCAUGACUUCUGGGGGUCACCAGCCUAUGACCCCUAGGGUGAAGACCAUGAUCUCUGUGGGUCAUCAGUCUGUGACUCCUGGGGUGAAGACAAUGACCUCUGUGGGUUAUCAGUCUGUGACCCCUGGGACAAAGACCAUGACCUCUGUGGGACAUCAGUUUACCAUAACCCCUGUGGGUCAUCAGUCUGUGACCCUUGAAAAGAAGGCCAUGACCCCUGUGCAUCUUCAGAUGGAGACCCUUAGAAAGAAGACAAUGGCCCCUAGAAGGACACUUGAAAAGGUAAUUAUCCCCUCCAGAAAGAUGUCAGUCACCACUGAAGGCCAGGCUAUGACUUUAAGAUGGGAAAAUUUGAUUUCUAAGGUGGGCACUCACCUUGGGAUGGGUAACUUGGGUCUUCAGAUGGAAGCUGAGAACAAGAUUCUGUCCUCCAGCCCUGUCACCCAGCACCCAGGGCACACUCCUCUAGCUUCUAACAAUGCUUUUGUUCCCAUCAGUGAGAACCAUUCCUCUGUCGACUCAAUGACCCUUCCAGCAAGUCCACCCUCUCUAAAAAAAGAAAACUCAGAAAACACUGCUGUGGAUCAAGUCACCUAA